UAGGAGAACAAGUAAAAUCACCUCUUCCUCACCCAUUGAAAAAAAAAAAAAAAACUUAGUAAGCCAAAAUUCUUUGCGUCUCUUCUUCUACUGUACCUUUCCACAGAUUUGUCAUCGUCUUCUGCAAAUUAGGGUUAUUCUUCCUUUCAUCCUUUGUGCUCUUCUAUAAAAGUUUGCAAGGGAAGCAUUUUACUUCAUUCUGAAUGCCCAUGAUGCAGGAUUUAUAGCCUAAGUAACAGUCCAACAUUCAAUUGACUGAGCAUUGCACUUGAGGUAGAGGUUUUAAAAUUUCUUUUUGCAAUUGUUGCCACUGGUGGCUGCAAUGGAUGAUGGUGGGCAUCGUGAAAAUGGAAGGCAUAAAGCAGAUCAAUAUAAAACAGCACAGAGUCAGUGGUUGAUGCAAGCUCAACCUUCAAUGAAACAGAUCAUGGCCAUCAUGGCUGAAAGAGAUGCUGCUAUUCAUGAGAGAAAUAUGGCUAUUUCGGAAAAGAAGGCGGCUAUUGCUGAGCGUGAUAUGGCAUUCCUUCAACGAGAUUCGGCUAUUGCUGAGAGAAAUAAUGCCAUAAUGGAACGAGAUAAUGCUAUUGCUACUCUUCAAUAUCGAGAGAACUCCCUGACAAGUGGUAAUAUGUCCUCUUGUCCGCCUGGAUGCCAAAUUGCACGGGGAGUGAAGCACAUGCACCACCCGCAGCAACAUGCACAUAAUGUGCCCCACUCAAGUGCGCAUAAUGUGCCCCAUUCAAGUGAGCCUUCCUAUGGUACUAGGGAAAUGCAGGCAAAUGACACUCUCCCAAUGUCACCUGUUGGUUCUGAGGCUGCAAAGUCACGGCGGGGUAAACGAUCAAAAGAUACCAAGGUAACAACGCCUAACAAAAAGACUUCUAAAUCUCCAAGGAAGGUUAAGAGGGAGAAUGAAGACUUGAACAAAAGGACGUUUGAUAAACCACAUGAGUGGAAGAAUGAACAGGAUAUGACUGGUGGAGGUGAUGAUUUGAAUAAGCAGUUAGUUGCCUCGAAGUCUGAUUGGAAAGGUCAAGAUUUGGGGUUGAACCAGAUUGCAUUUGAUGAGUCGACCAUGCCAGCACCAGUAUGCUCUUGCACUGGAGUGUUUAGGCAGUGCUAUAAAUGGGGAAAUGGUGGAUGGCAAUCUUCAUGUUGCACAACCUCUAUAUCUAUGUAUCCAUUACCUGCUGUGCCAAAUAAGCGGCAUGCCCGUGUAGGUGGAAGAAAGAUGAGUGGAAGUGCUUUCAGCAAACUACUUAGCCGGCUGGCUGCAGAAGGCUAUGACCUCUCAAAUCCAGUUGAUCUCAAGGAACAUUGGGCCAAGCAUGGGACUAAUCGCUACAUCACAAUCAAGUAGAAGAAUGUCUAAUGGGUGGAUAGGAAAUUACAGAAAUGGCAUGUAUCCUUAAGGUAUUCUGUAUGUAUCCUCAAUUUUUCAUAUUUGCUGUAGGAGAAGAUAAUAAUAUGAUAACAGGCACAAGCAAGGCUAUCAGGUAGCUGGCACCAACCACAUUCUCUUGUAUUUCUAGCUAAAUGUUCUCGUUUGUUGUGGUUGAAUUGAGCUGUAUUUGGGUGUAUUUGAGAAACGUGGUUUAUCCUUGUAACACUAGUUAAUUGUAAAGGAUAUCGUCUAAGGUGGUUUUGGAUAA